AUGGAGGGAGCUAACGCGCCCAAGUAUCGCUUCGAGCACUCACCCAACGACAAGGCCGGCUGCCAGCAAGCAGCAUGUAAGAGAGCUGAGGCGAAGAUCCCAAAAGGUGACCUCCGAAUCGGCACCAACACCUGGCUUGAAGGGGCUGAGAAGUAUGCCUUCCUCUGGCGCCACUGGCACUGUGCUACAUAUCACCAGAUGAGAAGUCUCAAGGAGCUCUUCGGCGAGAAGUUCGAUGAGAUUCCCGGCUAUUCCAAUGUCAGUGACGAGAGUCAAGAGCAGAUCCGCCUAUCCAUCGAAGCUGGCUAUGUGGUGGACAAGCAGUUCACUGGUAGUCGUCCUGAUCUGGCCAAAUAUUACACUCCAUAUAAUGCCGAGAUCACCAACGCUGUAGGCUACAAGGUCGAUAUUGCUACUAGAGGUACGGCGGGUUGCCGAGACCCUGGGUGCAAGGACAAGGGCAUCAAGAUCUUGAAAGGCGAGUUGAGGCUCGGCAUCGCAACGUUGUGGGAUGGGGAAUACGAAGCCUGGGUCUACAAGCACUGGAAGUGUAUCACUAAGUACGAUAUCGAUGGAGCGAAAGAGCGAUUCGAACAGGAUUCGUUCGAUGGCCUGAGUGAUCUUCCGGAAGAGCAUAAAGAGGUAGUACUUGAUUCAUUCGAGCAGGGGAAGGCCAUCAACCCACCCGCGCCUCCCACUCCUCCGGCCAAGAAACCGAAAUCCAAGGCCAGGAAGAGGAAGGUCGAUCUGAGCGAGCCAAGUGAGGAGGAGACAGAGGAAGCACUGCCACCAAAGAAGAAGCGAGUUCGCAAGGCAAAGGAACCAUCCGUCGAGCCUGAGCCCAAUGACGAGCCUGACAGCCCUGCUAUCAUGGCUGAAGGUCAAGAUGAUUCCUACGAAUGA